AUGACUCGAAUCAAAGUCGGAAAUCUCGAAAAGAAGGCGCCACAAGCUUCUGGAGAUCCAGACGCUUUCAAAAUCGAAAAGAAGCGCUACAACUCGGUGCGCGACUUUAUUUCCUCGCUGGACGUGCGCGAAUGCCUCUUCUUCGUGACGCUCAUCGACGCGUUCUACGAUUUUAUGAUGGGAAUCGUGCUGUGCGUGCUCGUCAGUCAGCGAAAAUGGCUCGUCGGCGUCGGCACCGCGUGCUACCCCGGCUUGCCCACAAUCGGCCUGCUCAUAGUGAACCUGUUCGUCGUGCUCACAGUCACCGGCAAUCGUGUUUGGAUCCUUCGUGUCAAUCAGAUUAUUGGGGUAAGAUGUCUUACAACAACACGUUUUUUUCAAACGUAUUCCUUGAUUUCUAUAGUAAAGCAUUUUUCUAGCAUUUUUUCGUCUAAUCCAAAUUUUGUCGAAUGAGGAGAGAAAAGCUUUGCGCACACACACACACACACAAAAAGACAAAUGUUCUUGACCCUCAGCCGAUGAUUUUAUUACACACAAAUGCGUCGUUUCAGGGUCUCAAACUGAUUGCUAGUUUUCUGCUGCUCAACAUUUGGAUGACGACCACUUCUCAAUUCGUCAUCGACAAUAUCAACAGUUCGAACCUCGAGCAAGUGUUGAUGGCUGUCUGGAGCUUCUUUCCCGUCACCAUUUGUCUCAGCUUCCAUUUCUGCUGUAAGUUUCGGAUAUUAACGUAUGGGUCAACGAUAAUGCCGCGUUCAAAGUCUCGGAAAAACCGGAAAAACCGCAGGUUUUUCUGUCCAAAGUCGGCCGAAAUUUGCGCGAAAAACGGGGGUGCGCACAGCUCAAUGAAUGUAGCCGUACCCCUAAAACUACGGUAUUUUUUGAAAAUUUUCGCAAGAAAUUUGAAUAUUUUCAAAUAUCCUCAAGAAAUUAACAAAUUUUCAAAAAAUACAUUCAUUGAGCUGUGCGCACCCCCGUUUUUCACGCAAAUUUUGGCCGACUUUGGACAGAAAAACCUGCGGUUUUUCCGGUUUUUCCGAGACAUUGGACGCGGCAUAACUUUAUAAACUCUUCUCUCGAUCCCUUAGAUACUAUUUCUAUUAGUUUCAACUCUAUUAGGUCAGAAUCUUACGGAUAUUCAAGAAAUUUACUCUUUCAAAUUCGGAAUCACUCACUAUUAGACAUCCUUCUUUUUCAAACCCAUUUUCAAAUUAUAUAGGUUCUCUUUGACCCUUCAACAAAUCGACUAGAAUGUUCCAUUUGCAGGGUCGAUUGUCCGUUUCGGACUCCUCUGCUCCACUGUCAUCCUGGUCAUUGAAGAAAAUAAGGAAUCGCGACACGACGAUCGUCUUCUGGAAACCGUCUGA